CCAAUUGUGAAUGGAUUAUGGGAAUAAACCCUUGACCUGACCUGAGUUCAAUUACUACUGACUGACACUGCAUGGUUGAUGGUUGGUACAUGGUAUAGGCCUACGUACUCGCAUGUUGUCAAGUUAUGGACAGGGCUAAAUUAAAAAAUGAGAUCGUUCUGAUGAGAAAUGUAGUAAAGCGAGUGAAAGUUCAAGUGAUCAGACAGUUGACGAGACAGAUAAAAAAAUUACGAGCAAAGAAAGGUACAAAACAGCAAGUUAAGAAGAACUCCCGCCGAGUAGAAAGACUUCUUGCGGAAUUGGAGAGUAUUAAAGACUUGGUUGCUGAUGACAUUUCAAGGCAGGCCUUCUUUGGAAAGCUGACAUUUGAUAUCAAAUCUCAGGAGGAUGAUACUUUGAAACGAGCUACUGCAAGGAUCAUUCAACAUAAGAUCAUACAAGAGCGAGUAAAGUUACUGAGAGAGCAAGGUGUGCUAACUACCAGUUUAAAUUUAAAAGACCUGGAAAGAAAAAAGAGAAGGAAAAAGACAUCAAAUCCAACAGAGAUGUUAAUUGAAAAGACUGAUGUAGCCAAGAACCUUGUUGAUACUGAUAACAGUGAUGAAAACGAUGGGAAUAUUAAUAAUACAGAUGAUGAUAGCGAGGAAGAUCAUAAUUUGAUUGAUGAUACUCGUAAUUCUAGCGAUUCUAACAAUGAAGUUGAGGGAAAUAAGGACGAUACAGAUAGGAAAAGGAACUUAGACACUCGGUUAAAACCACUGGACAGUAAAACUGAUGAGAUAUCAAAGGAUUUUAUAAAGAGAAGUGCUGUUUCCGAUUUUUUUAUGGGAGCAUCAUCAAAUGAUGAAAGUGAUGUUGAAAAAUCAGACAAUGAUUCAGAUACAGAAUCCCAUGCACAAACAAACAAACAUACAGUGACAGAAAAUAAGAAAACUAGUAAAGUAAUUUCUGCAAGAGGAGAAGAUGAUUCAAGAAAGAAGGAAGGACAAAUUAAGUUAAAAGGUAUGAGGGGUAGAAGGGAACAGCUGGAAGAAAACACACGCACAGCUUUCAGAAAGAGGGCAGCAGAGGCCAAAGCAGCCCUUGUCGAUAAACCAAACUAUAAGGUGACACCGACAAACACAGAGAAGAAUAUUCUGGGAAUUUCCGAUCUUCCACCAGAACUAGAACAAACUGAAUUUAGAAAUAAAGAAAAAUCUAUUGAGGGCGCUAUACCAGGAAUGAAGAGACCAUAUCCCAAACAGUUUGGGGAUUCUAGGUUUCCAAAUACUUCAGGUCACAGAAGCACUGAGAAACCCAAUAAGAAGCUUUCCGGGGAAAAGUUGCAUCCAUCAUGGGAAGCAAAAAGAAAACAAAAGGAACAAUCCUCAAAGAUUGUUCCAUUCCAGGGAAGGAAAAUUACUUUUGAUGAUUAGUCAAAAGUUACAAUGUUUAUUAAGUACUGUAUUCGGAUACCAUCUUAAUAGUAUAAUGAUAAUCUUCAUACAGCUAAAUAGUAACCACACCAAAGUGUAUUUAUGGAUAAUUAUCGAUUAUAAGCAGGGGCAGAUGAAGGAAUUUUAAAUAGAGGGGGCCCAGCGAGACUUUCAGAUAAAGGGUUCUGACCACCUCAGCCCUACCAUGGUUUGGGCAAGGUAUUGUAUGGCUAUUCUCAGAGUUAACAAAUUUUAAUGCAACAUUCUUUUCUGUCUCACUUAAGUUUUUAAUGUUUCUACACCUAAAGGAUUCAAAUAAUAGUAAUGUUACAUAAAUUCUUUUAAUUAUAGCACACAUAAUAUAAUGAACAAAUAAAAGAAUAACUUCAAUAUAUGUACUGUACAAGUCUUUUUGUAUAAUCUUUUAUUAUCGUCAAACAAUUUAACACUAUAUUAUUGUAACAGUUUCUAUUGCAAAGAUCUGACAUAAACAAUAUUGCAUUUACAGUACAUCUAAAAGACAAAUUAAAACAUACACAA